ACUCUUCUACGCAGAUGUCUUCCUGACUAUUAUGCGUAGUGUUUAUUCUUAGGCGCUUAGCAAUAUAGCACAGUAAAGACGUACGCAUAAUCUGCAAGAUAAUUUCUAUUGAGAAUAUGUAGUUGGUUUUACUAUACAUGUUGGUAAUCUUUUUAAUGGAAGAGAUAUAUUUCUUAAUUUUUGUUUUCAAAUGUUCGUUUGAAAUAAUAAAGUACACACACGUAACGAUUGAAGUAGAGGAUGGUUUAUAUGGCGGGAGGAGUUUUUUUAUCAUUGGUAUUUUAUCCUAAGUGUUAAUAACUAAAGGAUGUUUUACUUCAUUGCGCCUGUAUAUGAUUUACGCAGCGUUGCUAUUAAUAUAUAUUUUUCGCAACAACAAAAGAACUAUGUCCGUUAUAAUAAAAGGCUAAGGAGUUUGUCUGUGACUAAAAACACCGCAACAGGCCAAAGUUCAGUUUUCCAAAGGAGAUGAAUAGAACUGACUUCAUCUGUAGGGACUACCUGGGACCACAAUAAGACCAAUUAUCUGAAGCUGGAUCAGCCGAGUGGUUUCGGAACAUGCGGAUCGAUGAUGUCGUCAAAAAGCCUUAUUAUCUCUGUAACCGUUCGUCACAAGUAAAUGAUCAUAUACAUUUCCUUAAUUACUGCUUCAAGCUUUACACAAUGGAAACAACGGAUAAAGAAGUUUCUAAAAAAGGAAUUUUUGUAUCGCCGGUCAUUGCACACGUCAGCCAAAUUCAGACGUUCUUUUCCAUUGUUUUCUUCAAGUGGAUUUUGAAGAGCUUAAUGAUUAGUCUAAAUACAAAAUGAAUUGUAUUUUUUAUAUUCUUCUUAAAUACAACGUUGUCAGGUGUAAAAGUUAUCUUCGAAAUAUUCACGGCGAACAUAAAAAGACCAAAAAAGACUCACUCAAGAAAAUAAAACUUUUUACCAGAGAUGUAGAAAGGUUUAUUGUAGAAAACAGUUGUUACUGACUUGUUUGAGUUGUGGUAAUAUAUAAAUCAAGGAUCUUUUCUCGUUAUUUAUGUUUGAUAACAUAAGUUAAAAUAAAGCAUAUACCACAGCACAAACAUGACUAAAAUACCUAAUGUAAAUAUUUACUCUUUUUUUCUCUUUUUUUUACUCAUAUGCAGCAUUAACUCCCUUUGAGCGUGUUUAUUUCCCUCUUAAUUAAUCAGGUAUAUAUUAAUAAAAACCUUGUUAUGUCAUAAACGAUGUAAAACGUGAUUACACCCAGUCUAUGGACGUCAAGUUUAUUGACUUUAAUCACUCACAAGGAUGUCUAAUGGCGUCAGAAGCCCAAAAGUCCUGCACAGCCCCAAAACGCCAAGUACGAAUAGGGUUAACAAAGUCUAUAAAAGUCACCUCUAAGGCUUUUCUGUUAUAUACGAACUUUUGAUGUCAAAACAAUAUUGACAAAAUUAAGAAAUUUAAUCACUCAGUGAUUUAUAUAUUUACAUUAUUUUCAGCAUAAUUUAUUCGGUGAACCACCAAAAUCUUUAAAAUUAUCUGAUUUUCAUCACCAGCUAUCGUAACGACCUUUAAUACAACAGAAUCGAAACUGUCGUGUCUCCUUCAUUUUUUUUUUAUUCCAGGUUGAAGAAACUUCUGGCACAAUAUCUAUACUGAAUCUGGGUACUUAAAAAGUCAAAUUUGACAAAGUUCUUGCUUUUUUCGUAUAAAAUGUAUAAAAGGAAUUAGAUAUAAGUUAUUCUCAAUGCAUCUUGAUUCUUUUUUUUGGGCUUGUUUAAAUUUUGCGUCACCAAUUCUCCUAACUACGAGCAAUGCCAAUCCAUAUGAAGCUCGAUCCCAGCGCCUUUUACCAGAACUAUCAGAAAACGCAGUGUCGUUGAGAAGCAAAUAGUCCUGGGGACGAGGCUGAAUCCUUAUCGUUCCGGCGUCAGAAACACUAAGCCAAUCAGAAUGUCUAAACAACAAUUGCCCGCUUACAUAAUCCAGACAGUCAGCAACAAAUUAUAUCACUAUACUGUAUGGCAAUACAAUGGCUUGAGCUUUCAUGUUGACUGCGUUAUGGAUGUUAAUCUAUUAGCUGCAAACUAGUAGAUUGGAAAAAUCCAGUUAAAUUAUAGAAAACAAUGGUUACAGAAAUAAAGUCUUGAUAUUUGAAAUAUAUCAAAUGCUGAUUAAAAUAGUUUAUAGGAUCAUGUGAAUUUGAUCAGCGAUUAGGAAUAUAUCAUAAUUUGAAUUUCUUAGAAUUUCUUAGAAAGUCGUUGCCUCUAUUGUGUAGAGCUUAAGACGCUGGUCAGUAUAUGUACUUUUGACGAGUAAUUGAAGAGGUAUUGAGGUUUUAACGUUUUUGAUUAUAUCAACCCUUCGGUUCCAAAUCGGGUGGGUUGACCCAGCUUUAGAAAAUUGGUCCCGUUUUAGUCCAACGUGGUCUCUAGUUACCCAACGAGAAUCGCAAAAACAUUUGAUUUCUUCAGGAUACUCGCCAGAAAGUAGCUUUAAUACAAGAUGAGUCGUUUUAAUUACAAAACGAAUUAGCUUCUUUAUUACUAAAACGAGCCGAAAAUUUAUUACAAAACACGUCAGUUUUUUAUUACAAGCCUGUUUAAUUACAAAACGCGGCAGGUAUUUUAAAACAAACCGUUUAUUACUAAGAACGGCACAAAACUAGUUCUCAAAUAAUAAGUGUGCGAAAGAAACGAAAUUUAGAAGCAUGACAUUAUUGAUAAUUUGCCUGAAAAUUAAAAUGUUAACUCCUGUCAAUGCUUCACUGGCGGUCAAAGAUAUUUCGCUGAAAUUCAAAGAAAUAAACAAACAAUGUUUUACUGAAAAAUAUUCCAUUUACUAAAGAAAACGACCAUUAAAGCGUUAAUAGAAGAUUUUGAAUAGUGCAGUCAUUAAAUUUUAACUAUAGCUAUAGAUAUUUGCUGCGCAACAAAAUUUAACUGAUAGUAAAAAUAUAAUGAACCAAUAAAUUGUUAAUCAGAUAAAGGUCGAAUCAAUUUUUUGCAGAAAUAUAAAAAAACCUGAGCGCAAAGAUUUUGCUGUAUUUUUUUAUAGUUUGGCUACAUUAUUUAAAAAAUUCUAAGAUUUUUUAUUAAAAAUAAUCUACUGUUAAUUUUUCACUGAUAGAGCGAUUGUACAAGAUUCUUCAAAAAUGCCCUCCCAUAAAUUUACAGACAAGGAAUUAAGAGAUUUGCGACGUGCUUUUGAAGAGGCUGAUGAAGAUGGCUCCGGCAACAUUGAUAAGAAGGAAAUGAAACGAAUGUUAAAAAAGAUGGGAAAUUAUCCUGGCGAUAAAGAGUUCGAAGUAUUGUUUAAAGAAACGGACACUGAUGGUUCCGGGGAAAUUGACUAUGACGAGUUUAUUGCAAUGAUAAAAAAAUUGAUGUCUCCACCAAGUGAUGACGAAUUGAUGCAAAAGUUUAAGAAACUUGAUCAAGGCAACAAAGGUUAUCUUGUUUUUAAAGACAUCAAAUCUGGUUUCCAAGCCAUGAAUUAUCCAAUAUCUGAUCAAGCAAUUCGCGAUAUGAUUGUUGUUGCAAGUAGUGAUGGAGAUGACCAAAUUAGUUUUGAAGAAUUUGCUGCUAUCGCUAAACGACCGCGUAAGCUAUAGACACGUUUAAUAGUUAUUUCUUUAUAACGGUAAUAUUUAUUACUUAUUUCUUAUAAGUAUUCACUUUUUUUGUAUUUCUUUCUUCACUUGUACAUAUGAUUUGUUUUGGUUUUUUGUCAAAAAAAUAUAUAAGGAGAGUA